UCCCAACUUUCAACUCCGCGCACUUUAGUGUUAGCACUCUGUCACUUCCCUCUCCUUCCAAACCUCCCAAAACAACACUCCUACCAUUUCCUCUCUACACAAACAAAACACCCAAAACCAAAAUAACUUAUCGAACUUCAAGCACGAUACGCCAUCGUUUAACAAACAUGGAUCCACCGCUGCCGUCACUACACCUAGCCAUGGCGGCUCUAGUCGGAGCUUCACUAAUGGCAAUAUCCGCUUUCUAUAUCCACAAGCGCACCGUCGACCAAGUCCUCGACCGCCUCAUCGAAAUCCGUCGCGGAGAGCCUAAAACUUCUAGAACCGACUCGACUGUAACUGACGAAGAAGAAUCUGACGGUGGAGAGGAGGACGUGGCGGUGAGGAGUGGUAGAAAUGACGAUAGUAAUGAUGUUAAUCGUGACGUGUACGGUUUAGAUAGAAGACUGUGGAAAAGAGAGAGUGGUUCUAGGUCGUUGGAUGAUAAAAAUAGGGUGCUUAGUAAUUAUAAGGUGUCGUGUUCAAUGCCUGAUGCGGUGUUGAGUAAUGAUUGGCUUGAUGAUGAUGUUAGGGUUGGUUCUGUUCCUUCAGGAUUGCUGCCCUUGCGAACUUCUACUAGACAUGGUGAUAAUAACUCUGUUACAUACUCUAGUUCCAUUACAAGAAUGGCAUCUCAUAGUAGAUUGAUUGCUCCAAGGUCCCCAAGUGCAUCUGCUUUUGAAGAUGUGGGGGAUUCUGAUGAGGAAGGUACAGAGUAUGCUAAUGAAGACAACAUCAUAUUCAACAACGGGCACAUGGAUUCUUCUGCUGAUCAUAUAAAUGGUGGUGAUUCAAAAGUUCAAAGCUCUCCUGUUCCACCCUUAGGAGGUGACACUGCUAACAGUAUUCAAGAGCAAAAUCUGGGUCGUUCUAGAGGUGAAGGAAAAGUUUCCGCUGAUCAAAUUGGCAUAAAGAUAGAUACAUCUUCAUUGAUUCAAGUGGCAAAUGACCCUGCUUUUGCCUCCAUAAUUCUACCUCCAAGAACGACAGGGCAUGAGUCUGUAAAUAAAGAAGAGGAAGAAGUAAAGAAGAUGAUCCGGGAAAGCUUGGAUCUACGGGAUAGGUAUGUUUACAGGGAGGAACCUCCUUGGAAGAAACUAGCUUUAACUGAACCUAGUACACCAGUGUCGACGUCUGAUCCAUUCAACUUUCAACCUGUUCCAGCUACUGCACAUCAGUUUAGGAUGGAAGAUGGAGUUGUACGUGUUUAUGCCAGUGAAAAUGAUACGAAAGAGCUUUUCCCAGUUGCUAGUGCGACAACGUUUUUUACUGAUAUGCACCACUUGCUAAGAAUCAUAUCUAUUGGAAAUGUUCGCACUGCAUGCCAUCACAGACUACGAUUUCUUGAGGAGAAAUUCCGGCUUUAUCUGUUAGUAAAUGCAGAUAGGGAGUUCCUGGCUCAGAAGGGUGCGCCACACCGUGAUUUUUACAAUAUCAGAAAAGUUGAUACACACGUGCAUCAUUCUGCUUGCAUGAACCAGAAGCAUCUCCUGCGCUUCAUCAAGUCCAAGCUAAGAAAAGAACCUGACGAGGUUGUUAUAUUCAGAGAUGGAAAAUACAUGACACUGAAAGAGGUUUUUAAAAGUUUGGACUUGACUGGGUAUGAUUUGAAUGUUGACUUGUUGGAUGUCCAUGCUGAUAAGAGUACCUUUCAUCGUUUUGACAAAUUCAAUCUGAAAUAUAAUCCUUGCGGACAAAGCAGACUCAGGGAGAUUUUUUUAAAGCAAGAUAAUCUUAUUCAAGGGCGUUUUUUGGCAGAAGUAACAAAAGAAGUUCUAUUAGAUCUUGAAGCAAGCAAAUAUCAGAUGGCUGAGUACAGGAUUUCCAUAUAUGGAAGGAAACAGAGUGAGUGGGAUCAGUUGGCAAGUUGGUUUGUGAACAAUGCUAUUUAUAGUGAGAAUGCUGUCUGGUUGAUCCAGCUACCAAGGCUAUACAAUGUGUACAAGGAACUGGGAACUGUUAAAUCUUUUCAGAAUAUUCUUGAUAAUGUUUUUAUUCCACUAUUUGAAGUCACAAUUGAUCCCAACUCUCAUCCUCAACUACAUUUAUUCUUAAAGCAGGUUGUGGGAUUAGACAUUGUAGAUGAUGAAAGUAAACCUGAAAGGCGUCCAACUAAGCACAUGCCAAAACCUACUGAAUGGACCAAUGAAUUCAAUCCAGCUUACUCAUAUUAUGCUUAUUACUGCUAUGCGAAUCUAUAUACUCUUAAUAAGCUUCGAGAAUCUAAAGGAUUUUCAACCAUUAAAUUCCGGCCACACUGUGGAGAGGCUGGUGAAAUCGACCAUUUGGCUGCUGCAUUCCUUCUGUGUCAUAAUAUAUCACAUGGGAUCAACUUGCGAAAGUCCCCUGUUUUGCAAUACUUAUAUUACCUUGCUCAGGUUGGAUUGGCUAUGUCGCCAUUGAGCAACAAUUCUCUUUUCCUGAAUUACCAUCGAAACCCGUUGCCAAUGUUCUUCCAGCGUGGCUUGAAUAUUUCGCUAUCAACUGAUGAUCCUUUGCAAAUACACUUGACACGGGAACCUCUGGUGGAAGAAUAUAGCAUUGCGGCAAAGGUAUGGAAGCUCAGUUCAUGUGAUCUAUGUGAGAUAGCAAGAAAUUCUGUUUAUCAAUCCGGAUUCUCUCAUGAGUCAAAGUUGCAUUGGCUUGGUAGCAAAUAUAAUGUAAGAGGCCCAGAAGGAAAUAAUAUUCACAAGACAAACGUACCCCAUAUGAGGAUCGCCUACAGACACGAGACAUGGAAGGAGGAGAUGCAGUACGUCUACUCUGGAGGAGCCAGUUUUCCUGAAGAAAUAGAAUUUUAAACUAAAUGAAAUGGGAGGAUGAAGCAACUAUAAAGUUGGACCAUGCCAAGUUCCUGGGCAACUUUACAUGGUUGCCGACUCCUUAAUUCAUUUCUUCAUUAUUUACGGCUGCUUACAGCACACCCUUGGCAAUGGCGGAAUUUAUAUCAGCUUUAUAUGGUUGAGUUACUACUUCCAUGAUUGCAAUAUUUGUAUGCCGCACAUCUUCUGCCAAAAUUUUGCUGAACUGGAGAAGACCUAGCAUUUUGUGGGUGCUUGGAAGUUUAGGUUUGGAGGAAUUAUUGUAGAAAAGGUAAGAUUUCUUUGGGGGAAGAAAGGCUGUUAAUGUAACUGAAUCCAUUUUAUGUUAUAAUCAACCUCACUAUUUCUGAUGCAGCAUUUGAUGUUUCUCUUUAUUCAUGUGUGCUGAUGGGCACAUAAUUUAGGUAAAAUCUGCUGCCUAAUUUGCCCAUGAGAGCUUUCAGAUACGAAACUUUUCGAAUUAAGGUUUUCAGACCAAAUUUUUAUAAAUUAGACAAGGCUGGUUUAUGUAA